GUCUACGUCACGCGUUACGUCACCACGCAGACGCUGUCGCUGCCACUACGGCCCGCGCGGGCGACAGACGCGGGUGCGAUAAACACGGUCACGGAGCAGAGACGACAGAUGAAGUCGUUGACAAUGACUGAAGUACAGAGGGCGACACUGCUGCUCGUCUGCUCAGUCUGCCUGUGGCCGGCCCGGCAGACGGCAGACGCGCGCAACACGCAGCACCUGCUCGACAUGGCCCGCCAGAUGCGACCACGCCCCUCCGACGACCUGCCCAUCGUCGACCUGAAAGAGCCGCCGGGAGAGAUGUACGACCCUUCCUCCCGCGACCUCGACUUCAAGACGCUGAAGAAACGACUCGGUCGCGCCUACGACAAGGAGCACAUGUCGGCGAAGCGCCCCCUGGAGAGCAUACUGCACCCGAACGGCACGCUGCACUUCGGCUACAAGAAGAACAAACAGGGCCGUCCGAUCGGGCGGGGCAUGCCGGGAAACAUCAAGGCGCUCGACGCGCCACCGCUCGUUGGCGGUCGAAACUUUAAGAUGCGCGUCAACGAGAAGUCGCGCCGUAAGUUCCAGCAGUGGCUCUGGGCGUACACCUACUGCCCCGUCGUGCACAAGUGGAAGGACCUGGGCGUGCGCUUCUGGCCGCGCUGGAUCCGCGAGGGCCGCUGUUACAGCGAGCCCGGGUACUCGUGCUCGGUGCCGGCGGGCAUGUCGUGCCGGCCGAGCACGCAGACGAACAUCACGAUCUUGCGCUGGCACUGUCCGCGAUGGAACCCGAAGCAGCCAUGCUCCUGGAUACGCAUCCAGUACCCGAUCAUCAACAAGUGUGAAUGCUCGUGCUGAGAGCCAGGUGGUUGGUGCUAACCGCCCCCCGAAAACUUCAACCGCCCACCCUAUCACCCCCUCUGCCCGACCCACGCGGGAGGGGGCGCGGUUGCGCAGAGAUACGCGAGAUAGUUUCUCACGAGUAAACGAGCAAAUGGACGAAGAAGAAGACGAAGAGUGAGGAAGAGCGAGGAAAGAACUCACGUGUAAAUAUUGUUGGCGCGCGUGUAAAAUAUCGUAACUUAAUAUAUUCGACUCAGUGAACCACUUUACUCAUGUGGCGUAACACGUCUUAGCUACAGAGAGAUGUUUCCCCACCCAGCUAUUGUCAUCGUCAUGACUCGUCGUACGCUUUGCGGCUGUCACAGUAUAAUCAUGUCAGAGAGCUGUCUAAAGUUUACCCGAUAUGUUAUAUAUAUUUAUGAAUGUAUAUAUAUAUAUAUAUGUUGUUUGUAUAUAGUGAUAACUAUACUGUUAGAAGUUCAUCAGAGUUUAGCCCUGUGUGCGUACGUGUAGGUAUAUAUGGAUGUUUCUGUGCGGGUGCAUGUUCGUGCGUCCCUGCCCGUGUGUGUGUGUGUGUGUGUGUGUGUGUGUGUGUGUGUGUGUGUGUGUGUGUGU